AUGCCCCCACUCCGCAUCGCCAUCCUAGAAUGCGACACCCCGCCCGACACCACCAACCGCCGCUACAACGGCUAUGGCGGCGUCUUCCGCAAGCUGCUGACAGCCAGCGCCAAGGCACUGAGCCAGCCGGAGCGGCUAGAUCCAGACAGUGGUCUCGAGAUCACGGCAUGGGAUAUUGUGAACGGCGAGGCGUACCCGAAGUUGGAGGACAUCGAUGCCGUGCUGUUGACGGGAUCUAAACACAACUCCUUCGACGACUCCCCAUGGAUCCUCCGCCUCGUCGAAUUCACGCAGCAGGUCCUCGCCCAGGACCGGGUCCGGCUACUGGGAAUAUGCUUCGGCCACCAGAUUGUGGGUCGCGCGCUGGGAGCCGGGGUCGGGCGCAGCGAUCAGGGCUGGGAGGUUGCCGUCUGUGAGAUGGAUUUGACGGACAAGGGCAAGGAACUGUUUGGACGGGACAAGAUUCUCAUCCAACAAAUGCACCGCGACAUCGUCUUCACCUACCCUCCCGACGUAACGCCCCUCGGGUCGUCACCUCGCUGUGCUGUGCAGGGCAUGUAUGCGCCGCGCCGUUUUAUUACCGUGCAGGGCCACCCUGAAUUCACGGGCGAUAUCAUGACUGAGAUUAUUGGGCUUCGGGCGAAACUGGGGGUCUUUGACGAGGACCAGGCGCGCGAUGCGUUGGGCCGGGCGGAUAUUGAUCACGAUGGGAUUGUGAUUGGGACGACGUUUUUGAAGUUCCUGCUGGAGGAAUAA